AUGAAAACAUGCUACUAUGAACUACUAGACGUCUCAACCGAUGCAACAGAUACAGAAUUAAAAAAAGCAUACAGAAGAAAAGCAUUACAAUAUCAUCCAGAUAAAAACCCCGAUAAUAUAGAAGAAUCAAAUUUAAAAUUUUCAUUAGUUAGAUCAGCCUAUGAAGUAUUAAUUGAUCCUCAAGAAAGAGCAUGGUAUGAUUCUCAUAAACAAAGUAUAUUAAAUGAUGAUAUUGAUGAAUAUUUUGAAAAUGAUGGAGCAGGUGGAGAAUCACAUAUUCCAAGUAUUUCAACAGAAGAAAUUUUGAAAUAUUUUAAUUCGAAUUUAUAUCAAGAAUAUAAUGAUUCAAUACUGGGAUUUUAUGCUAUUGUAUCAAGAUUAUUUGAGAGAUUAGCAAAAGAAGAAAUUCAACAUGGUAAAUAUCAAAAUUUAAAAGAAUUUUCAAAUUUAAAAGAUGAUGAAAAUAAUGUUUAUUCUAUUGAUCCAUCAUAUUUAAAAUAUCCAUUAUUUGGUAAUAGUCAUUUAGAUUAUUUAUCAAUAAAAAAAUUUUAUAAUAUAUGGGGUUCAUUUUCAACUAUAAAAUUAUUUAAUUGGAAAUAUGAGUAUAGAUAUUCAACAGCACAAGAUAGAAGAACUCGUAGAUUAAUGGAAAAAGAAAAUAAAAAAAUUGCAGAUCAAUAUAAAAAGGAAUAUAAUGAAACUAUAAGGAAAUUUGUAACAUUCAUAAAGAAAAGAGAUCCAAGAGUUAAAUUAGCUCAAGAAGAAUUUGAAAAACACCAACAAUUGAAAAAAACGAGGGAAAUUGAACAACAAAUAAAACAAAAUAAAUUAAGUAAAUUACAAAAUAAUAAUAAUCAAAAUUUUCAAGAACAAGAUUGGCAAAAAUUAACAAUUGAAGAAAUUGAAGAAAUGGAAAAAAUGAUAAAUGAUGAAUAUAAUCAAAUAGGUGAAGGUAUAAAUGAAAAUAAUAAAUCAACAGAUUCUGAAUUUGAAUCUGAUACUAAUGAUAAUGAAUCAAUUGAAGAAAUACAUGAAUUUGAAUGUAUUGUAUGUAAUAAAAUUUUAAAAAAUGAAUUACAAUUUCAAAUUCAUGAAGAAUCUAAAAAACAUAAACGAGCUGUACGACAAAUGCAAUGGGAAAUGAAACAAGAAGGAAUUGAAUUGGGUAUUGAUGAUGAUAAUAAUGAUAUUGAUGAAGAGGAGUUUGAAACUGCUGAAAGUGAAUUUAGUGAUGAUGAAGAUAGUGAGUUGGAUGAUUUAAGUGAUGAUGAACUAGACGCAAAAUUAAAUGGAGACUAUGAGGAUGAUUUAAAAUUAAAUGAGAAUAAAGAUAAUGAGCUGAUAGAGGAGAAUGGUGGCUCCUCAAAAGAAAUUGAAGAGCCUGUACCGAUGAAGUCUGAAGAAACCAAUGAACCAUCAUCAAAGAAUAUCGAAAACCUUAAAGAAAAUGAAUCCGAAAGCAACGAAAAGAAUAAAUUGGAGGAAGAAUUAUCAAAACUAUUAGGAAAAUCAAAUUUACAAGAAUCAGAUGAUGAUGAUUGGAAUACGACUUCAAAAAAAUCAAAAAAGAGCAAAAAGAAAACAAACAAUAAAACAAAUGGUACAUCUGCCACGUCGGUAAAUGAGAAAGAAUCAACACCAACAGUUGAAAGUCAAAGCAGCUCUACUAGCACAGGAACAGAAAGAUGUUCUGUAUGUGGAUUAAAAUUUGAUUCAAGAAAUCAAUUAUUCAAUCAUGUAAAAGAAUUAGGUCAUGCUGCUCCACCUGAGUCUUCGUCAAAAACCAAAUCUAAUUCUAAGAAGAAGAAAAAUAAAAAGAAAUAA